GCCGGUUAUGGCGGCCGUGUGUGUUUGUCCAUGAGGUGGGGGACGCCUGCUAUUCUUGCGGUCUGUGACAGAGCGAUCCGAGCGAAGCGCUGCCAUGGCUGGAGUGUUUGACAUUGAUUUGGAUCAGCCGGAGGAAAAUGUCUCCGACGAUGAGAAUGAGGAGGUUCAAAUCGGCGACAUCAUGGACCAGUGCAGUGGAUUCGAGUUCAACAUGGACGACUGCGAGAAGAUCGAGAUAUCAGAGGACAACGUCAACCAGGGGACGGAGAACAUCCGACCGGAGUGCUUCGAGCUUCUGCGGGUCCUGGGGAAAGGUGGAUAUGGAAAGGUUUUUCAAGUUCGGAAAGUUGUUGGAGCUGCAGCGGGCAAAAUAUUUGCCAUGAAAGUUUUAAAAAAGGCUAUGAUUGUCCGCAACGCCAAGGACACAGCCCAUACCAAGGCAGAGAGGAACAUCCUGGAGGAGGUGAAGCAUCCCUUCAUAGUUGAUCUCAUCUACGCCUUCCAGACAGGAGGAAAGCUGUAUCUCAUCCUGGAGUACCUGAGUGGAGGGGAACUUUUCAUGCAGCUGGAGAGGGAGGGCAUCUUCAUGGAAGACACAGCCUGUUUCUACCUGGCAGAGAUCUCCAUGGCUCUGGGCCACCUGCACCAGAAGGGCAUCAUCUACAGAGACCUAAAGCCUGAAAACAUCAUGCUCAACAGCCAAGGCCAUGUAAAGCUGACAGACUUCGGGCUGUGUAAAGAGUCGAUUCACGACGGCACAGUCACCCACACUUUCUGCGGCACCAUCGAAUACAUGGCCCCAGAGAUCUUGAUGAGAAGUGGACACAACAGAGCAGUGGACUGGUGGAGUCUGGGCGCUCUGAUGUACGACAUGCUCACAGGGGCGCCACCAUUCACUGGUGAAAACCGAAAAAAGACCAUUGACAAGAUCCUGAAGUGUAAGCUCAGCCUCCCACCCUACCUCACACAAGAAGCAAGAGAUCUCCUGAAACGGUUGCUGAAGAGGAACGCCUCGUCGCGGCUGGGAGCAGGAGCAGGAGAUGCCACAGAGGUGCAGGCUCAUCUCUUCUUUAGACACAUCAACUGGGAGGAUUUGUUGGCUCGGAAAGUGGAGCCUCCCUUCAAACCUUUCCUGCAAUCAGCUGAAGAUGUGAGUCAGUUCGACUCGAAGUUCACCAGUCAGACGCCAGUCGACAGCCCGGAUGACUCGACCCUCAGUGAGAGUGCCAAUCAAGCCUUCCUGGGUUUCACAUACGUCGCUCCAUCUGUCCUGGAAAACAUCAAAGAAAGGUUCUCAUUUGAGCCAAAGAUCCGCUCACCUCGACGGAUCAUGGGCAGCCCGAGAACGCCUCUCAGCCCAGUCAAGUUCUCAGGGGGGGACUGCUGGGCCCGGAGUCCCCUUCUCCAAGGCGGAGGACCAAGCGUCCUCCAGUCACCUCAGGACCAGGCCAUGGAGCUGUCCACCCCAGAGCAGAUGGACGUCACAACGAGCUCUGAAGCCUCGGCCCCUCUUCCCAUCCGUCAGCCUACCGGGGUCAACCUGGCUCAAAUGAAGCAGCAAGCUUAUCCCGUCGUGGCCAAACGGCCCGAGCAUUUACGUAUGAACCUAUGACCCACCAACGCCUCUUUAGGAGAGUUUAUUUCGUGACUCUUUUUCUUUUUUUUCUUUGAUAUUUUUUAAGAAACAAAGCAAAAAGAUUAAGGAUGCUAGAGACAAUUCAAAUCCAAAAUUGCACAUCCGCUCACUCCAUAUACUGUCACAACCUGGAGCUUGUGUGUGGGUCUGGGACUCCAGCGUGCUGUAGUUAAGAGCUACCAACGACAUCACCGCCUCACCACUUCUCCUCCGACACCUCAGGUCUCAUGACCUUUCUGAACUGGACUAGUAGGACUGGAAACAUAUGAGGAGCGACAUGGAAAUGAGAGGCGAUGAUGUAUCACACAGUAUGCAAGCGAUUUACUCUAAAUUGCAGCCAGUCUACUGUACAAGACGACGUCCAAAGUGCUUUGUGCUAUUUGAAUGAAUGCCAGCGAGGUAAUUGCAUCCGUUUGGGAGAUGUUGACAGUCACUGGCUCAAAAUGAAAUGAUAAAAAUUAGGUUUAUUAUUGAAAAAGAUCAAAGAAAUGAUGGUUGUGAGCAGCGGACAAGCAGGCGUUCUGGUGUUGAUGAAUAUAGCUUUAUGUCUUACGAUGUUUUACAAAGUGGAUGCAUUAACUGUGCUAUACAUCAGUGAUGAAUCAGAGAGCCUAAAUUAAACAAGAAAAAAAAGAUGUUGACUUUUUACAUUCUUUCAGCAUUGGUGUUGUGGAUGGCUUAUUUGAUGUGGGAACCAUACAUCAAUUAUCUGCUCUUCAGGCGCACGACACCGUGGGAUGUAUCACUGGAUUAUCUGACGCAUCACCAGACAUAAUUGAGCUUGAUCACCAUGACCACCCAAAACGUCAAACUGAUCUCGGUGCUGCUUUGUUCAACCCCCACUCUGGCCACCCAGGAGACUGCGGGGCCUCAACGAUGACGGGAUGUCAGACCCCUAACUGACGCCUGGAGUGAACUCGUACUGGAGACAGUGGCACCAGUUGAUCUGGACACCGUCUGCAACUGUGGGGUUUAAUGCUCCAAAAACUCGGGGCAACAUUUACAGCCUGUUGCAUCAGCGUUCACUUGUUUAGGAGGGAAAUUUUAGAAAUCCCAAAAAGCAAGGAAAAUUAUAAUAAAAUGUAAAAAAAUACAGAA